AGAUUUGUGUGGUUAGUAUUCAUGGUUUUGGCAUUGUUUUCAUAAUAUAUAAUGAAUGAGAAACUCUGAAUAUGCUGCAACUUUGAAAAUUGGAUACCUCUAAUUAAGCAUAUUUGAUCUUCUGGUAGCUCUUCCAUUGUGUUUCUUGAUGGGUUCAUUAGGUAGCUAUUUGGAUAUGGACACUGAUGGCAGGAAGGCAAAUGUGCUCAAAUAUGAGUGCUUGCUUUUUGAUAUGGAUGAUACUUUGUAUCCUAUGAGCUCUGGUCUUAACUUGGCUUGCCGCAAGAACAUAGAAGGGUUCAUGUUACAACACUUGCAUAUUGAAGAAAGUGAAGUACCAAGGAUGUGCCUUGAAUUGUAUAGAGAAUAUGGAACUACAAUGGCUGGUCUGAAGGCUCUUGGUUACGAAUUUGAUGAUGAUGAGUUCCAUGCUUUUGCUCAUGGAAGAUUACCUUAUGAAAAACUGAAGCCAGAUGCUGUUUUAAGGAACCUUCUGCUUUCCAUGCCCCAAAGGAAAAUAAUCUUCACUAAUGCUGAUAAGGGGCAUGCAGCUGAAGUUCUGAAAAGGUUGGGAUUGGAAGAUUGUUUUGAAGGAGUCAUAUGCUUUGAGACGCUUAAUCCUCCUGUUGAAACUGCUAAUUACACGGAUGCAUUAGAUAAUAAUGCAGUCCUCGCAGGAGUUGAAGUAGAGCUCAAUGUUCUUGAUGAUGAUGCUGACAAAGAAAGUUCCCACUCCAAGCCGCGAAUCCUCUGUAAACCCUCUUUGGAGGCCGUUGAAGCAGCCAUCCAAAUAGCAAAUGUUGACCCCAAGAAAACGAUCUUCUUUGAUGACAGUGCUAGAAACAUUGCAAGUGGGAAAGCAGCAGGACUUCAUACCGUUAUCGUGGGAAGCUCAGCCCUAGUGCCAGGUGCAGACUAUGCUUUGAACAGCAUCCACAAUAUCAAAGAAGCAAUACCGGAAAUAUGGGAGGACGAAGAAGAGCAGCAGGAGCAGGUUAUCCAGUCCAGUGCUGUUGAAACAGUGGUCCUUGCUUAGGUUUCUUCUCAGUUCACAUAUCACAAAAUCCUGGUUUCAAGGGGAGAGGGAAAAUAGUAGAUGAUGGUAAAUUCAAAACCAUCAUGUUGAUUUCACAGCAAAUCAUUAUCAGAAGAGUUAUAAGCUCAUUGUAUUUGAUAUCUUCAUGCAAAAGCCAAACCCAUAGGUGGUGGCACUAAUGACGAGUAAAAUAUGUUUACAAUUAAUAUAGCAAGGCUUUGUUCA